UCUGCCUCCAGUGCACAUUAAAGAUCCAAAGUCAUGACUGACUCCAAGUAUUUCACAACCAAUAAAAAAGGAGAAAUAUUUGAACUAAAAGCUGAAUUCAACGAUGAAAAGAAAGAAAAGAGAAAGGAGGCUGCGAAGAAAGUGAUUGCUGUUAUGACCAUGGGGAAGGAUGCUAGUUCUGUCUUUCCAGACAUAAUGAACUGUAUGCAGACUGGCAAUCUGGAACUAAAGAAGCUUGUGUAUCUCUAUUUGAUGAACUAUGCCAAGAGUCAGCCAGGCAUGGCCGUCAUGGCUGUAAACAGUUUCAUAAAGGACUGUGAAGAUCCUAAUCCUUUGAUUCAAGCCAGGGCAGUCAAAACCAUGGGGUGCAUCUGGGUAGACAAAAUUACAGAAUAUCUCUGUGAGCCCCUCCUCAAGUGCUUGGAGGAUGAGGAUUCCUGUGUUCGGAAAACAGCAGCAGUAUGCGUGGCAAAGCUCCAUGAUAUCAAUGCCCAAAUGGUGGAAGAUCAGGGGUUUUUGGAUUCUCUAUGAGGUCUUAUAGCAGAUUCAAAUCCAAUGGUGGUGGCUAAUGCUGUAGCAGCAUUAUCUGAAAUCAGUGAGUCUCAACCAAACAGCAACUUACUCGUUCUGAACACACCGAACAUUAAUAAGCUGCUGACAGCCCUGAAUGAGUGCACUGAGGGGCCAGAUUUCAUCCUGGAUUGCCUGUCUAAUUACAACCCUAAAGAUGAUCGGGAAGCUCAGAGCAUCUGUGAGCGGGUAACUCCCCAGCUAUCCCAUGCCAACUCAGCAGUGGUGCUUUCAGCAGUAAAAGUCCUAAUGAAGUUUCUAGAAUUGUUACCUAAGGAUUCUGACUACUACAAUAAGCUGCUGAAGAAGUUAGCCCCUCCACUUGUCAUUUUGCUGUCUGGGGAGUCAGAAGUGCAGUAUAUCUCCCUGAGGAACAUCAACUUAAUUGUCCAGAAAAGGCCUGAAAUCUUGAAGCAGGAAAUCAAAGUCUUCUUUGUGAAGUACAAUGAUCCCAUCUAUGUUAAACUAGAGAAGUUGGACAUCAGGAUUCAUUUGACAUCACAAGCCAACAUCACUGAGGUUCUGGCAGAACUGAAGGAACAUGCCACAGUGGUGAAUGUUGACUUUGUUCAAAAAGCUGUGCGGACCAUUGGACAGUGUGCCAUCAAGACGGAGCAAUCUGCAGCGUGCUGUGUAAGCACAUUGCUUGAUCUAAUCCAGACCAAAGUGAAUUACGUGGUCCAAGAAAUGAUUGUUGUCAUCAGGGACAUCCUCCGCAAAUACUCUAACAAGUGUGAAAGUAUUAUUGCCACUCUAUGUGAGAACUUAGACUCACUGGAUGAGCCAGAUGCUCGAGAGGCUAUGAUUUGGAUUGUGGGAGAAUAUGCUGAAAGAAUUAACAAUGCAGAUGAGUUACUAGAAAGCUUCCUGCAGUGUUUUCAUGAUGAAAGCACCCAGGUGCAGCUCACUCUGCUUACUGCCAUAGUGAAGCUGUUUCUCAAGAAACCACCAGAAAUACAGGAACUAGUCCAGCAGGUGUUGACUUUGGCAACACAGGGUUCUGAUAAUCCUGACCUUCAAGACCAGGGCUAUGUUUAUUGGGAUCUUCUCUCAACUGACCCUGUCACAGCUAAAUAAGUAGUCUUGUCUGAGAAGCCACGGAUCUCUGAAGAGGAAUUUAUUGAGCCAACUGUAUUGGAUGAACUAAUCUGCCACAUUGGUUCUUUGGCCUCUGUGUAUCACAAACCUUCCAAUGCUUUUGUGGAAGGAAGUCAUGGAAUCCAUUGUAAACACUUGCCAAUUCAUCAUGGGAGCACUGAUGCAGGGGACAGCCUUGUUGGCAUCGCUACUGCAACAAACCUGGAACAGCCUCGGGUUAUCCCCUCUCAAGGUGAUCUUCUGGGGAGUCUUUUAAACAGGUGGCUAUGA